UGCGGGGUGAGUUGAGCCGUGCACCGGGACUCUUAUUCUCCCGCAGCCUCUCAGCCAUGGGCGCCGUCUGGUCAGCCCUGCUGGUCGGCGGGGGUCUGGCCGGAGCGCUCAUCCUGUGGCUGUUGCGGGGUGACUCUGGGGCCCCGGGGAAAGACGGGGGUGCGGAGCCGCUGAAAGACGCACCUCCAGGGGAGGCUGCGGCCCCGGGAGGCGGUCCGGGUGGUGGUGGCAGUGGCGGCCUGAGCCCUGAACCUUCCGAUCGGGAGCUGGUCUCCAAAGCAGAGCAUCUUCGAGAGAGCAAUGGACAUUUGAUUUCUGAGAGCAAAGAUCUUGGUAACCUGACGGAAGCACAGAGACUGCAGAAUGUUGGCAAUGCCAGAGAAUAUGUUCCUGUGGGAAAGGUCCCAGAUACACACUCCAGAGCUAACUCUGAAACGUCAAGAAAUCAAAGCCCAGAAUCUCGUGUAGGCGAAUGGAGACUCCCCAAAGGACACGAAACAGCUGUUAAAGUAGCGGGCAGUGUGGCUGAGAAGCUGCCCUCCAGCAGCCCGCUCAUGGACAGAGCUGAAGCAGCCAGCCUUGCACAGUCGGCAGGCCACGAGGACUGGGAAGUGGUGUCUAGGCACUCGUCUUGGGGGAGUGUUGGUUUGGGUGGCAGUCUUGAGGCUUCUAGGUUAAGUCUAAAUCAGGGAAUGGACGAGAGCAGAAACAGUCUUGUGGGAGGGGGCUGGGAGGUAGAUGGGAAGGUGGUGUCUGUGAAACCUCGGCAGGUCAGCAUCCAGUUCAAGGUGCACUACAGCACAAGCACUGACGUGCAGUUCAUUGCAGUAACUGGAGACCACGAGAGUCUCGGGGGAUGGAACACAUACAUCCCACUCCACUACUGCAAGGAUGGGCUCUGGUCUCAUUCCGUCUUCCUGCCUGCGGACACAGUGGUAGAGUGGAAGUUUGUGUUGGUAGAGAAUAAGGAAGUUACUCGCUGGGAAGAAUGCAGCAAUAGACGCCUACAGACUGGCCAUGAGGAUAAAGUGGUUCAUGGGUGGUGGGGGAUUCACUGACUCGGCUUUCAGAGCAUCCAAGAGGCUGCAGCAGAACUCGGAAGAGGCUAAGGCUGUAGAGCACAGCGUAGUUUAAAGGCGGUGUUAUUCUAAUUGUAGCCAUCACGGUUCCUUCAGAUUUGCUAGUGUGGCUUUUGUCCAAAAUGUAGGAAGAUGUAUGCAUGCAGAUAAUGCUUCCUGUAGGCUGGCAGUUGUCCCUUGUUGUAUCGACUGGCUUGUGCUGACACAUCAUGACUUGAGGGAUCGAGCAUCCUGGGUAGUUGCUUUGGCUAUGCCUGAGGUGUGGACUACAUAUGGGCAAGGAGAAACUAACCAACUGCAAGGGUAAAAGGCAGCCCUUAGGAGCUCUUAGACUAGGAAGAUUACAAACCUCAUCAUACACAGCUAAAGCAACACUGUUUACACUGAUGAUGGCAUCAUAGGGAACUGUGACCAGUAAGUGAAACUCCGAGGCUCCCCGUUAGUCUCUUUUUAACUGCUGAGGAGAGGUGGGACAUAGCAGCUGUGUCUGUCUUAGUGGUUGGCAGCCCUGUUGAGAGUUGGGCAUCCAAGAAGCAGAGCCUGAGGGAUUGGGGUGUGAGAUGCUGAGGCUUGAAGGGUAUAGUUCUUUAGGAGCGAGAGUAGCAGGGCCAAGUCUGAGGCACCCCUCCCUUACCCACAGUGCCCCGGUCAGACGGUCUUUGCCCACUGCCCUGCCCCACUCGAGGUCUCAGCAAAUGGACUGCCCCAGAGACCUUUUCCAUCUGUUAACUCUUCACUCUCCUGACUAAAUACCUAUAUAGGACCAUGGUACAGAAGAUUGUCUGUGCUCGGAGAAGAAAUAGUUAAGCUUUAAGUUAUGACUGAAUAAAUAAAUCCCAAGUUUUACUAUCUUUA